GCGUAACGAUAGCAGCGAAUUCCGACAGCUGCAAUCGUGGCUAAAACCCAACCAAAAACAACAAUACCGAACUCAAGAAAAUAACAUUCCGGAAAAGCGACGAAAUUCUCACCGCAAAUUGCCGGUAAAGAGUGCGAAUAAACAAAUAGGAUAUAAAAUUGUUUGUGUGCGGGGAAAAAACUGGAAGAAUUGCGAGCAAACAGAAAGUGUUUCCCUAGUGCUAAGUGUGAAACUCAAACAAACUUUAUAAUUGGUGAAUUAAUAAAUUAAAGCUCAACAAAUGAGGCGGACUAUUUUUUAAUGGAAGCCCCCGGAACGAGAAUAAUAACCAACCGUAGGGAACCAGCCUCAUCAGCGACAUGAUCCCUGCAAUGUCCGCGUAAUGAAAACGAAACUUAAAAAGUUUUUGUGCCGUCGCUGAGCGGAAAAACAGCCCAGGAAAAGUCAAAAAUAAUACAAAUAGGGAACAGAAAAUGAAGUCUGUCAUUUUGUAUCCAUAUGGACCGCUAACCGGCGGCACACGUUGCUGUCGCAUGUUGCAUGCCAAAAAUUUGGCCAUAACAAGUGCAAUUUACACAAUUAAUAUAUCGCUUUUAAUCGUACUGAUAUACUCGUGGCGCAUAAAUGUCAAUAUGCACAAGUCGGCCGAUCUGCAGGACGUUUACUACGGUGUGCAAAUAGCAUAUUUUGCCAUAAUCGGCACACAAAUGUCCAUGAUAUUGCUGAGCAUUGUGUUAAUAUUUGGAAUAUGCCGGGAGAACCCCGGACUAAUUGUACCCUGGAUAAUUGGCUAUAUAACAUUUAUGGCCCUGGAAGCUGUCGCCAUGGUCUACUCCAAUGUGCUGCGCGAUCAUGUAAAUAAGCAAUUUGAUGCCAUGUGCAAGGCCGAGGUGGCCUUCUUUAUAGCUCGAGCCCUGAUUAACGUGCUGGCCAUGUGGGGAGUGCUGCGCUUCUACAAUUUGGUUCGCUCUGGAAUUACAUGGCGAGGACCAGAGGCGAAGACCGCAAUUUUUGCGCCGAUGUACAAGAGUGUUAGUACGAACAAGCCGCACACAUACACGUACAGCAAGCGGUCAAGGCGUCGCCAUAGCAUUGAUGCGCCUUCCGGCGGAUGCUGCGCCAUCUUCGAUUUUGAUUUUGAAUACGACGACGAUAACGAUGACGACGAUGACGAGGCCUAUGGCGAUGGCCUGGACACGGAGGAUGAGGUGGGCUAUGAUUACGACGACUAUUACGAUUACUACGAUGACGACGAGCUGGCGGAGCAGCAGCAGUUGGGACUGCAGCAGGACGACGCGGACUGCAGCAUGUUGGGCGCCAGUAAGGCCAGUAGAUCGCGGUCCAAGCCACGGUCCGCUGUGGUUAAGGUCAAGGGUCAGCGGAGUGGAGGUCGCCGCACCAACAACAACAUCCGCAGCGUACUGAUCAACAAGCGGCACAACAAGUACAAAAUUGCCCGACCCCAAACGCAACUGGAGGUCAUCAACGAAUCGGAGAAGAGCGCGGGGAGCGGCAGCGAUGAGAACGAUUCGCUUUUGGUGGCCUAUGACAGCAGUUCGUCGAUGGCGUCGGUUUGACAUUGGCCGCCA